UGUCUAUUUCUUGGCUGAUGCCUAGCAAGCUAAUAACUAAGCUAAUAUCUAGACUGGAUAAGAGUACGGCCAGAAAUAAUGUGUAGGUUUACUGCUUAUUCGACUUUCCAUCGACUUUCCAAAAAUUAAAGUUAAUUCCAACAGUUUAGUUCAACAUUAGCGAGAUAAACUUGUGACAGUAUAUCUGAAUUAAAAGUCUAUUUGACCUCUAACUUUAGAUGCUAACUGUUCGGUUUAGCAUCGUUAGCAUACAUCGGACCCAGAUGCUAAUGGUCAAUCUGACCAGUCUAUGGUUACAGAGCUUCAGAGCAGUCACAGUGUGCGGCUGGUUAACACUAGAUUACUAAGUGGAGGUAACAAGUGAGUUUCUACAAGGAUUCCCAUGUAGCGGCGCAUCCUGUGGUGAUAUUUCUCUUUGGGAUUUGGCUCUGUUGUGCACCGGGGCAUCAUGUGGACGCCUACGGAGGACGAGAAGAUAGGAGUGGUGAUCUGUAACUUCCGCGGCUCAGUGACUCAGGGUUUGGCUCUGGAGGUGGGAGAGACGGUUCAGAUUCUGGAGAAAUGUGAAGGAUGGUACCGAGGAUUCUCAACGAGGAAACCAAAUGUCAAGGGAGUUUUCCCGGCCAGCUACAUUCAUCUGAAGAAAGCCAUCGUCACCAACAGAGGGCCCCAUGAGACAGUGGUUCCCCUCGAGGACCCCAUCGUUACUGAGGUGACGUCAACCCUGCAGGAGUGGGCCUUACUGUGGAAGCAGCUCUAUGUGAAACACAAAGUCGAUCUGUUCUACAAGGUCCGCCACGUGAUGAUGGAGCUGAUCGACCUGAGGAGGCAGCUCCUGUCGGGUCACCUGACGCAGGACCAGAGCCGAGACGUGAAGAGACACAUCACCGUCAGACUGGACUGGGGCAACGAACACCUGGGUCUGGACCUGGUACCAAGAAAGGAGUUUGAGAUGGUGGAUGAAGACCAGAUAAGCGUGUCAGAUCUUUAUAAAAUGCACCUCUCCAGCAGACACAGCGUCCAGCAGAGCACCACACAGGGUGGUGACGGCAGCCGGCAGCGACACGGGGAGCCGUGCAGAGUUCCUGUACCGCACCACCUGCUGGUCAACCUGAAGAGCUUCACCUACAACAGCAUCGGAGAGGACACGGACAUCUUCUUCUCUCUGUACGACCUGAGGGAGGGGAAGACUAUCAGUGAGAAGUUCAUGGUGAGACUGAACAAGAACGGAGGACCAAAGAAUCCAGAGAAAGUGGACAGACUGUGCGCCCUCUUCACGGACCUGAGCAACAAAGACAUGAAGAGAGACCUGUACAUCAUCUCACAGGUUAUCAGAACAGGUCGCAUGCUGCUGAAUGACAGUAAGAAAGGUCCUCCACACGUUCAGUACCGCAGACCGUACGGCUGUGCUGUCCUGGCCAUGAGCGACGUGCUGCAGACCAUCUCAGAGCUCAAAGAGGAGAAAGACUUUGUCCUGAAAGUCUACACGUGUAACAACGAGAACGAAUGGUACCAAAUCCACGAGAACAUCAUCCGCAAGUCUAGCACCAAAUACACAGCUCCCAGCACCAACUACGGUCUGAUCAUCUCUCUGCAGCUGCUGAGAGGAGACAUGGACCAGGUCCGCAGAGAGAACCCUCUCAUCUUCAACAGGGGAGUGGCCAUCACCCGCAAACUGGGCUUCCCUGAUGUCAUCAUGCCAGGUGAUAUCCGGAACGACCUGUACCUGACCCUGGAGAGAGGAGACUUUGAGAGAGGAGGGAAGAGCGUUCAGAAGAACAUCGAAGUCACCGUCUACGUGCUGUACGCUGAUGGAGAGAUCCUCAAGGACUGCAUCAGUCUGGGUUCAGGCGAGCCCAGUGUGCCAGAGCACCGCUCCUUCGUUCUCUACCACAACAACAGCCCUCGGUGGAGCGAGGUGAUCAAACUGCCCAUCCCCAUCGACCGCUUCAGAGGCUCUCACCUGCGCUUCGAGUUCAGACACUGCUCCACGAAGGACAAAGGAGAGAAGAAGCUGUUUGGUUUUGCCUUCACUCCUCUGAUGAGGGAGGAUGGGACCACUCUCUCAGACGAGAGCCAUGAACUCUACGUCUACAAGUGUGAUGAGAACACAACGUUCAGUAACCACGCGCUCUACCUGGGUCUGCCCUGCUGUAAAGAAGACUUCAACAGCUGUCCCAGUAUCCCGUCCAGCCUCAUCUUCCAGCGCAGCGCCAAGGAGACGUUUUGGAUCUCCACACAGCUGUCCUCCACCAAGCUGACUCAGAACGUGGACCUCCUCGCCCUGCUGAAGUGGAAGGCUCAUCCAGACCGGGUCAUGGACAUCCUGGGCCGACUACGACAUGUCAGUGGAGAAGAGAUUGUGAAGUUUCUUCAGGACAUUCUGGACACUCUGUUCUCCAUCUUGGAUGACAACACUGACAAAUAUGGACCACUGGUGUUCCAGUCACUGGUGUUCAUCAUAAACCUGCUCCGGGACAGCAAAUAUUACCACUUCAGACCUGUGAUGGACACAUACAUCCAGAAGCACUUUGCUGGAGCCUUAGCUUACAAAGAACUGAUCCGCUGUCUGAAGUGGUACAUGGACCGCUCUGCAGAGGUGGUCAGACAGGACCACAUACAGGAAGCCAUGAGGGCUCUUGAGUACCUCUUUAAGUUCAUCAUCCAGUCUCGCAUCCUUUACUCCCGAGCCACCUGCGGUAUGGAGGAGGAUCAGUUUCGAACCAGCAUCCAGGAGCUGUUUCAGUCCAUCCGCUUCGUCCUCAGCCUGGACAGCCGUAACUCAGAGACACUUAUCUUCACCCAGGCCGCUCUGUUGAACUCGUUCCCGGCGAUCUUCGAUGAGUUGCUGCAGAUGUUCACGGUUCAGGAGGUGGCCGAAUUUGUGCGAGGUACUCUGGGCAGCAUGCCGUCCACGGUGCACAUCGGACAGUCCAUGGACGUGGUCAAACUGCAGAGCAUCGCCAGGACUGUGGACAGCCGGCUCUUCUCUUUCCCAGAGUCUCGGAGGAUCCUGCUUCCUGUGGUCCUUCAUCACAUCCACCUUCACCUGAGGCAGCAGAAGGAGCUGCUCAUCUGUUCAGGAAUACUCAGCUCCAUCUUCUCUAUUAUCAAGACUGGCUCACUGGACACGUCGGUGCAGGAGGAGGUGGAGAUGAUGGUGGAGUCCUUGCUGGACGUCCUCCUGCAGACCCUGCUGUCAAUCAUGAGCAAGAGCCAAUCGCAGGAGGCGGUAAGGGGUCAACGCUGUCCGCAGUGCACCGCGGAGAUCACUGGAGAGUACGUGUCCUGCCUCCUGUCCCUCCUCCGACAGAUGACCGAUAUCCACUUCCAGCACCUGAUGGAAAACUUCCAGAGCAAAGAGGAGCUGAAGGAGUUCUUGUUGAAGAUCCUGUGUGUGUUCAGAAACCUGAUGAAGCUCAGUAUCUUCCCUCGGGACUGGAACAUCAUGAGGCUGCUCACCAGCAACAUCAUCCUGACCACAGCUCAAUACCUGUCUCCUGCUCUGCACAAGAACUUCACAGAGGCUGAGUUCGACUUCAAGGUGUGGAACUCCUACUUCAGUCUGGCGGUGCUCUACAUCAACCAGCCGAGUUUACAGCUUGAAAACCUGAGUCCUGCAAAGAGGAAGAAGGUGUUGGAUAAGUACGGUGACAUGAGAGUGAUGAUGACCUACGAGCUGUUCAGCAUGUGGCAGAAUUUGGGUGAGAAUAAGAUCCACUUCAUCCCCGGUAUGAUCGGCCCGUUCCUGGGAGUGACGCUGGUGCCGCAGGUGGAGGUACGAAACAUCAUGAUCCCCAUCUUCCAUGACAUGAUGGACUGGGAGCAACGCAAGAACGGGAACUUCAAACAGGUGGAGGCUGAGCUGAUUGAUAAGUUGGACAGUUUGGUGUCUGAAGGGAAAGGAGAUGAGAACUACAGAGAGCUCUUCAGUCUGCUAACCCAGCUGUUUGGGCCCUACCCCAGCCUGUUGGAGAAGAUCGAGCAGGAGACAUGGAGAGAGACGGGAAUCUCCUUCGUCACCUCGGUCACGCGGCUGAUGGAGCGACUGCUGGACUACAGGGACUGCAUGAAGGGAGACGAGACAGAGAACAAGAAGAUUGGCUGUACCGUUAACCUGCUGAAUUUCUACAAGUCCGAGAUCAACAAGGAGGAGAUGUACAUCCGCUACAUUCACAAACUGUGUGACAUGCACCUGCAGGCUGAGAACUACACCGAGGCUGCGUUCACUCUGCUGCUGUACUGGGAGCUGCUGCACUGGGACGAGCGGCCCCUCAAAGAGUUCCUGCAUUAUCCCGCCCAGACAGAGUGGCAUCGCAAGGAGGGGCUCUGCCGCAAAGUCAUACACUACUUCAAUAAGGGGAAGUGUUGGGAGUUUGGUAUCCCACUGUGCAGAGAGCUGGCCUUCCAGUAUGAAUCUCUGUAUGACUACCAGAGUCUGAGCUGGAUUCGGAAGAUGGAGGCAGCUUAUUAUGACAAUAUCAUGGAGCAGCAGCGUCUCGAGCCUGAGUUUUUCCGUGUCGGAUUCUACGGCAGAAAGUUUCCCUUCUUCCUCAGAAACAAAGAGUUCGUCUGUCGUGGCCAUGACUACGAGAGGCUCGAGGCCUUCCAGCAAAGGAUGCUGGGAGAAUUCCCGCAGGCCAUCGCGAUGCAGCAUCCCAAUCAGCCGGAUGAAGCCAUUCUGCAGUGUGACGCUCAGUACCUCCAGAUCUACGCUGUCACACCAGUGCCGGAUAGCAUCACCGUCCUCCAGAUGGACCGAGUCCCCGAUCGCAUCAAGAGCUUCUACCGGGUCAACAACGUCCGACGCUUCCGUUACGACCGACCCUUCCACAAAGGACCCAAAGACAGAGACAAUGAGUUCAAGAGUCUCUGGAUCGAGAGGACGACCCUGAUCCUCACUCACCCUCUGCCUGGUAUUUCACGCUGGUUUGAGGUGGAGAAGAGAGAGCUGGUGGAGGUGAGUCCUUUAGAAAAUGCCAUCUCUGUGGUAGAAAAUAAGAACCAGGAGCUGCGGACUCUGAUCAGUCAGUACCAACACAAGCAGCUGCACGGAAACAUCAACCUGCUCAGCAUGACGCUCAACGGAGUCAUCGACGCCGCCGUGAACGGAGGCAUCGCCAGAUACCAAGAGGCUUUCUUCGAUAAAGAGUACAUCACAACCCACCCUGAAGAUACUGACAAGAUCACACAGCUCAAAGACCUGAUGCAGGAGCAGGUUCACGUCCUGGGAGUCGGCCUGGCCGUGCAUGAGAAGCUGGUGCACCCUGAAAUGCGUCCCCUUCACAAGAAGCUGAUCGAUCAGUUCCAGAUGAUGAGGAGCAGUUUGUGCCACGGUCUGCCUGGGUUGGACAAAGCCGGAGCUCACAGAGGGAUACUGGCCUCCCACAGCCCCAUGAGCCCCGAGAGCUUCAAACUCAUGCACCGGCACAGCGAGACGGGGAACGUAGGCAGUCUGCUGAUCCUGGCUGACGGCAUGGUGGUGGAGAACCCAGAGGACUUCUACCGCAUGCAGGCGAGCCCCUCCUCCUCCAGCCUUAGCUCCACCCACUCUGCACCCUCUCAGAUGAUAAACUCCGCCCCCUCCACCAUCAGAGUCGGCUCUCCGUCUCUACCCGACAAAUACAGACACAACAGAGAGAUGCUGAUGCUGCUACCGCCGCACAGAGACAGACCGAGCAGUGCCAUGUACUCCAACCUCACCGAGAACGGACAGCCAACAAACCUCCAGCGAGCGUUGUUCCAUCAGGUGAUCGGUCCGUGUAAACCCUGCAGUGACCCCAACCUGUCUGUGGCUGAGAAAGUCCUCACCACACCCAGUAGUUGGAGUUUGGACAGUGGUACCAGAGAAGCCCUCCCCUUCCUCUCCGCUCAUGUUGGCAGUGUCAUGGCGCCUCCUGUCCCCCCACGCAACCUGCCUCAUGGGCAACACCUGUCGAUGCACUUUGAUGCUUUCCACCACCAGGUCAGCGACCUCCCUCCAGCUCUCCCCGCGCGCUCCUUAAGAAAGUCUCCCCUGCACCCUAUACCUGCCUCGCCCACCAGUCCACAGUCCAUCCUGGAUGGCAGUAACUCCACCUUGUCGGGCAGCGCCAGCUCUGGAGUCUCCUCCCUCAGCGAGAGCAACUUUGGCGGUCCCGCUUCCUCUGACCCCCCCGCCAGCCGCACAGACACUCUGGAGUCUGUCCCCAGCAGCCAGGCCUGGACCACCGACCAGGAGGACCUGGACUCGCCCUACCAGCCCGUCAGGUACAGCGUCUCUGAGCCUGAAGUCCUGGACGGGGUCAAACCCCCACCCUGCCGCAGCCACUCCGCCCCCGGAGGAGUAACCCCGGCCCAGGCAGGCAGUCAAAUCCAGCCCCAGGCUCCAGGUCCGGCUUCCAGCGGAGCCCCACAACAACCACAGCAGCAGGACGGGCCGCAGCACCCCCAACAACACCACCACUUCUACCACCACCACUGCCACCCACACUACCUCCCCCACCACCCGCCUCUGUACCACCUCCAUGAGCCCCCUCCGAUCCUGCCCCCUAAACCCUACCUCAGAGAGGGCUGCAUCCCUGAAGAAGACCCCCUCAGCACCCAGUCUGCACCCCCUCCACCUGCACCCCGACCCAUGCCACGUAAGAUCUCCCAGCCCAUCAUCGCUGCAACCAAGGAGGAGCAGGCGAAGGUGGCGUGGGAGCACGGCAUUAGCGAGGAGUGAGGCAUCUGCUGGGGUUUUUAGAAACUUGUAGAAGUGGAAUAAACAAAUUAAAGACAUUUUUAGAAGAGAGCAAGAAAGAAGAAGAAGAGAAGGUCAGAUGGAAGGAUAAACUGAGCGUAUAAGUGAGAUUCCUCCCAGGUGUUCAGAUCCAAUAACUGAAAUGAUCGAUGAAGGUUCAAAUCACGUUUUUCCUCACAGCCCGUCCUCAGCAGAUCAGCUGUGUCCUCAUCACCCUCCAUCCAAGUACGAGCACGCCAAGCUUUGUUUACUGGCACAUAGAAUCUCAUUGAAUCAUUGAGUCUGCAUACAUAUUUCUACUUUUGACCCACCUGACCUGAUUCUGCACAGAUACCUGCAUAUUUAUUUAGUUUUUAUUCCUCACGUUGAUCAAACAGUCUGGAGGUUUUGUAAGAAAAGAUGAAGCCAUUAUUACCACUGAAGGUUUUUAAACAAACUGCACUUUAACCAAGCAACAAAAACACAGAAUAACAAACAUAAAGUAAAAAUACUCACACAUUUUCUGUAAAUGAAGAUUGUUAAAGGAGUCAGAGGUUUGAGGGAUCUAAAGGUGGGACACGAGGAUGAACGAUGAGCUUAAAAGAAAUGAGAACAUAAAGAAAUUGUCAGACUUUGAAGUUCGAAGUGAGUUUUUCUUCAACAGAAAACCUGAGGCUCUAACUCCACAUCAUGUUACUAUGCUGAGACUGAGCGGGGAGGUUUUAUAUUUCCUGAUGAGAGAGCCGGAGUGUUUAAAUGUUAUAAUAAUAAUAACACAUGAGCAGAAAUGUACAAAUAUCAUUUAUAUUUUAUCCUCAAUCUUUCGGCAGAAGGUGAAACUGACGGAGAAAUAUGCAAGAAAGGCUCCUGAGCCUUUAGUAGCUGCUUGAUGAUUUAUGACACACACUCGUUUAAAGGGACAAACAUGACGAGGCCUCACACACACACACACACACACACACACACACACACACACACACACACACACACACACACACACACACACACACACACACACACACACACAUUCGCAGGCCUUUGAGGCUGCAGCUCCUAAAAGUAUUUACUCACAUUUUCAGGGUUUGAUGAAUAAUUUAAUGUAAGCUUGAGAUGUUUAAGAAGUUUAUCUGUGAGGUUUUAUAGCUGAGGAGGUGAAAUGUAUGCGAGGCAUCAGAUGGAUGACAUUUAUAGAGAAUAUUAAUUAUAACACAUAUAAACUAGUUAUACUCUUUUUGCCAUUUUUUAUGAAAUUAAUGAAGUGUACAUUUUGUAGUGAGGAGACUCUUUUGUAUGCAUGUUUAAUCUCUGAAAGUUGAAGCUCAAACAGAGACUGAGCAGGUUCAAACGUAAGGCACUGCAGGAGUCGUGAGCACCGACGUCUUUAAAGUUCAGGAGGAAGAAUCACUGGAGUCCCGUGUCGUCUCUGUGAUCCUGGUGUUCAAAUACUGUGAAGGGUUUUUGUUUUGUUUGUUUUUAUUCUGAUCAGAAGCUCUGAUUCUAUUCAGUCGUCCUCACACUGUUUGCUCACCUAGCUUAGCUUCUUAACUACAACAUGGUGUUUGAGUCACAGCUGUGAAAAAAGCUUUGUGUGAUUAUACUGUUGCUACAACCUCACGGUGUGGUUAGAAGAUUCAAGGGCCCCUCAAAGGAACAGCAAACUGAAAGUCUUACAUUUAAAAGGAUGCUGAUCAAUGAGGCUGGAUGUUUCCUGCUGCAGUACAUGUAACAGUCAUCAAUCAGUCCAAAACAAAUGCUGUUUCUUCCUGUUUGAGUUCCACUUUCUAGGAGCCACCGUGUCUGACAUGUGGAGGAGAUUCCUGUGAUUUUUAUCUGAACACAGUAACUACAAAAUGCUAAAAUAUGAUUCACAGGUGAAGUCAUCUUCAGGCUGUAGACCUCCACACGGUCAGCCACAUGGACACAUAACAGAUAACUGCAAAUACCUGAGAGGAGGCACUCGAGCUCUCAGCUGCAAACACAAGAUCAUGGUCAACAAAUGUUUUAAAGCAUACAGGAACAAAAAAUAAGGAGGAAAUGGGAAAAAAAAAUGUGCAUCCAGUCAACUUCAAAAUAUGAUAAAGAUGCAUUAAUGCAAACAUAAUGUACAAACCUGCAAACCUGAACGCAGAGAAUACGUUUCUGAUUGAGAAAUUCACCAGAAGGCUCUCACAAGUUCAGAAUGAUGAUGUCAGAAUAAGCUGUUUCCUGUCAGUCAAAUAUUUAAAGUUCCUGUUUGUCUCUUUUUUUAAAACUCACUGAAUUUUAGGUCACAAGCUGUAGUUUCCUCCUCUGGUUUUCUUUCAUACUUUAUUUUUAAGAAAAUGUUAAAGAACGUUAAGGAGAGAAAGCUCAAAUGUGGCACUCCAUUAAAGUUACAAAAGUCUGAUGAUUAAACUGUUUUAUCAGAUGAGGGCGUGAGGAACGUGUGCAGAUACUUUGUCCUGUCUGCAGCUGUAGUUUGAUACUUUAAUCACAAAGUGAAGCACCAGUUGGCAGUGAGCAUGUCGUGAAACUAAAGCACUGAUCUCACUCUGUUUCUUUGUUUUGGUUGUGAAUGCUGUGACGGUAAAGAGGAUCAGUGUGAGGAGCUGAGCGGAGGUGACGGGUUGAGUCCGGUGUACAUAAAGAGGAGAGAGUGUAUUUAUACCAACCUUGUAAACAUGUAGAUUGUGAUGGUCUUGCCUUGUUCUUUCUGAUGUUAAACAGUUUUUAAACCUAAACUGCAGCAAACGUUCCUUUUGUCUAGUGAUUCAGAUCCUUCCUGAGGGGAGGUUUAUUAUUACUUUGUGUAUUUUGCAUCAAUGACGAAUCCAGGCAGUGAUUUACUGUGAAGGCAUUUCUUUGUACCAUGACGCUCAGAAGUAUUUCUUGUACAUAAAUGUCUCUGUUGUGUUAGCAUGAGUAUAAACUGUGACGUGUAUGACAGUAGAUGUAAAUACUCACGUUUUUUUUCCUACUCACUAAACAAACUGCUGUGUUGUGGAUCAUGACUAAUGACAAACAUUAAAUAAUCAUGUUUUAUUGACUCAG